AUGACAGUACCCGACUCUAAAAGACAGCGCACUUCUUCACACUCAAGCAACGAAGACAUGGCAACACCUACCUCUACUACGGACAAAUCUGAUGUCGACAUGAUAGACGAUGUAGAAGAACGCAAGGAUGAAAAUGGAGAUGAUACACAAGAUGAAGCAGCAGCAGCCGCAGCAGAGGAACUCGAAAAGGGUAUUAUUGGUGUCCUUGACUCGCCCAAAAUUGUAAAAGCGCUUGCAGAAUGCAAAAUUUUGGUUAUUGGUGCUGGCGGUUUAGGCUGUGAAAUCCUCAAGAACCUUGCAUUGACAGGCUUCAAGCAACUUCAUGUCAUUGAUAUGGAUACCAUUGAUUUAAGUAAUUUGAACAGACAAUUCUUAUUCAGAAAGAAAGAUAUUGGGAAAUCAAAAGCCAUUGUGGCAGCCAACUUUGUCAUGAGCCGAGUGCCUGGUGUCGAAGUAGUGCCCUACUAUGGAAAGAUUCAAGACAAGGACGACGAUUACUACAGACAGUUCCAGCUGGUCAUUUGUGGAUUGGAUUCAGUAGAGGCAAGGAGAUGGAUCAACGCCAAAUUAGUGGACAUGGUGGACGAAGAUGACAUGCAGAGCUGGAAGCCGCUGAUUGAUGGUGGCACUGAAGGCUUCAAGGGACAGGCUCGUGUAAUUCUGCCUACCAUGAGCUCUUGCUACGAAUGCUCCUUGGACAUGUUUAACAAACCCACCACAUUCCCCAUCUGCACAAUCGCCAACACACCUCGUUUACCAGAGCACUGCAUUGAAUGGGCCUCUGUAUUGGAAUGGCCAAAGGUGUGGGGCGACAAAAAAUACGACACUGACAAUCCAGAGCACAUUACUUGGCUGUAUCAACAAGCUUCUGAAAGAGCCAAGAAGUUCAAUAUUACUGGCGUUACCUACUCUUUGACCCAGGGCGUUGUAAAGAACAUUAUUCCUGCCAUUGCCUCCACAAAUGCUGUUAUUGCAGCUUCAUGCUGUAACGAGGCAUUCAAGCUAGCUACUGGAGCGGCUCCCUAUCUGAACAAUUACAUGAUGUACACUGGUAAUGAUGGCGUUUAUACCUACACAUUUGAACAUCAAAAGAAGCCAGACUGUACUGUGUGUGGUUCAGAAUCAUCCGUUGCCAAAUUAAAUCCUGAAAUGACUGUAGAAGAGUUGAUUGAAUGGCUCACCGAGAAGCCUGACAUACAAUUGAAAAAGCCCAGCCUUCGAACAGCAUCCAAGACUAUCUACAUGCAAGCACCAAAGGCGUUAGAAGAAGCAACUCGUCCCAAUCUCUCGAAAUUUAUUAGCGAAUUCAUUGAAGAUGGAGAAUUCGUUACUGUGACAGACGUUGCAUUGCCUGUUAGUCUUCAGUUGAAGGUCAUUAUCCGUCCCUGA